UCCUCCUCGACCUUUGCUCCGGGCUUGUUUUUCCCUCUGGACCGGGGAACCUCGGGCUCACUUUCACUUGCUGCCUGUCCUUGCCAAGAGCCUCACCAUGUGCACAGGAAAGUGUGCCCGCUUCGUGGGGCUCUCCCUCAUCCUCCUCUCCCUGGUCUGCAUUGUGGCCAACGCCCUCCUGCUAGUGCCCAACGGUCAGACCACCUGGACCAAGGACCACCUCAGCUUGCAAGUCUGGCUCAUGGCUGGCUUCAUCGGCGGGGGCCUGAUGGUACUGUGUCCAGGAAUUUCCGCCGUCCGGGCAGGGGGCAAAGGCUGUUGUGGUGCAGGCUGCUGUGGGAAUCGCUGCAGGAUGCUGCGAUCGGUCUUCUGCUCGGCGUUCGGGAUGCUUGGUGCCAUCUACUGCCUCUCGGUAUCGGGAGCCGGGCUCCGAAUUGGACCACAGUGCUUAAAGGACGGCUCCUGGGCAUACCACUUCCAACAAACCGCAGGCUCGUACCUGCUCAACCGCACUCAGUGGAGCUCGUGCGUGGAGCCGCCUGGUGUGGUCUCCUGGAACGUGACGCUCUUCUCGCUGCUGGUGGCCGCCUCCUGCCUGGAGAUUUUGCUGUGUGGGGUGCAGCUGGUGAACGCGUCCAUUGGUGUCUUCUGCGGCGACUGUCGGAAGAAGGAGGGCGCCCCUCACUGAGGCUCCACGGAUCUGGUCCGUCGCUCCUGGACACCCGCCUGGCCCGCCCCCGCCCUGGAAUAAAGUAUUUAGAACUCUC